GAAACGACGACGAUGAACCAGGCAGACGCGGUGCGUAUAAGCGCUAGGGAGGCGAGCCUCAAGGCGGCGCGGCGCCGCUGCGAAACGCAGCUCAUGGGCCGCGACGUCCACACCGCGUACGCCAACAUUGUGGCCACCGUGCAGGACGCGGUGGGUGUCUAUGGCAAGCAUGGGCUUGCGAUCGUGCCCUACUACCUCCUCAUGGCCGAAGUCGGCUUGGAACUGGGGCAUCUCAAGCAGGUCGAGGAGGUCCUCGCGCUCAGCAUUUGGAGCCUCGUGCGCAGCGCCGAAGAGAGCAGCGCCAACGAAGGCGAGACGCACCCGGGCACGCUCCUCCAGCGCGCCGCGGUGUGCAAGCUCUACGGUCGGUUCCACGCCGAGGCCGAGAACUACGACGAGGCGCUCAAGCAAGCCGCCAACGGCGCCUACUACGCCUCGCUCGUCCACGGCCCGGAGCACAUUCUCACGUCAACGCUCUACUACACGCUCGGGUGCAUCUUCCAACGCAUGUUCAAGACCGAGCAAGCGCUCGGUCUGUUUGACAAGCUGGUCGAGAUCUGGUACAAGUACCUCGCCAACCGCCCGCCGUCGGCCGAAUCCAAGGACCGAGGUCAUGACGACGACGACGACGCGCUGGCCCACGAGCGGCUCCUGCACGAAGGCAAUGCGAUGCUGUUGCACAUCCUGGAUACGCGCGCCAAGGUGCUCGGCGCGGGCCACAUUGCGACCGGUGAGGUCGAGUAUACCAUGGGUCUGCUCAAGUUGCACAUGGGCUGCCGGUCGGACGCCAAGGGGUUUCUGGACCAAGCGCUCUCGAUCUACACGGACGCGCUCGGUUCGCUACACCCGUCGACGAUCGAUGUCCAAAGCGUGAUCGAUCAAGUUCGUGACGUUUGAGAUUCCCAAUGUUAAAGACGUCUACUUGAGCGAGCUCUUGCGGCCGACGC